AUGAAGCAAGCCAAGUCAGGAACAUUUAUAUUCGAUCUACAUACAGCAGCGGAAACUGACCAGUUAAGUCGUACUUUUUCGGGGCCGCCCCAAUCACCCCUUAACUACUCCGUAAUUGGCUUGACACUGGCGGCCGAGGGUGUUACGAAUACCAUCAUAGCCCACGCAGCUGCUAAGCUGGGCUUCAACACCUCGCCCCCAGAGGCCGUAGGGCUAGCACAGAACAAAUUUGCAACUCGUCAGCUUGACAACAACGUCUUCUGCCGAAUGGUCCGCUCUCCAGAUGAGCUAGAAAGGAUGCUCUCAGAAGACGGACCACAUAUCCACUAUCCUCUGAUCGUGAAGCCUUCCUCAUCUGAGGGUGUCUGGGAAGUGGCCAACGAGCAGGAGCUGCGUGAAAAAGUGCCUCUGCUAUGGCGCGAUGCCUUCACCUCGUGGCACGGCCACGACGUUGUCAUCGAGACGUACGUUGAUGGCCCAGAGGUCGACGCGAACAUGGUCCUGAUAGAUGGCAAGAUAGUCUUCGUCGAGGUCAAUGACGACUUCCCUGGUGAACGCCUUGGCCGAUAA